CAGAGAACUCUGUCUUCUGUAAUCAUCAGCUGAAGAUGUCGUCUUUAUAUGGUGGGAAAUCCGUGGAUCACAAUCACAAGGCUAAGGAUGCGUUUGUGAGAGUGCGGAAGAGGGAUUUAGAGAAAUUAACGACAGAAGUCAUGCAGCUGAGAGAGUUCCUGCCCCGAGUUCUGAAUGGUGAUCUGACUGAAAUGCUUCACAAAGCCCGGAGAGCAGAGACAAAGAAGGAACACCUGGAGCAGGAACAGAUUCAGCUGAGACAGGACUGCUCACAUCUUCAGUCUCGGCUGGAGGCAGCGCACUCUGAAUGUCAGAAAGAAAGAGAGGAGAAGUUGCUGUUGCGUGAGCAGCUGUGGCAGAGCGGAGCAGAGCUGCAGCAGCAGGCCGACUUCUGCUCCACCCUGGGAUCUGCAGCCUGCAGCCUCCUGUGGAGUGGCUCGUCCAGGGAGGAGAUGGUGACUACCUGGCUGGCUGAUGGAAAGCUCUCCUCCUUCCUGACUGUUGCUGCUCAGACUCUGGAGAGUUUCGUCAAGUCCAUGGAUGACGAGAUAAAAACUCAACCCAGUGACCACAACUCUCAAGAGCACCAGUUUGUGUUGGCUCUGGUUGGGACAAUCACAAAUAUAGCAGCAGUAACAUGUGGGCGGGACUUCCUGUCCAGCUCAGGACACGUCCUGCUGGACACGCUAAUGAAGUUGCUGCAGCUGAUGAGGCCUGCCAGCUUCCCCAAACUGAAAGUGUUGAUGCUGAUGGCUUUGUAUAAUGUGAGCAUUAGCAUUAAAGGACUGAAGUUCAUCAUUGAGAAUAAAGAUCUCAUUCCACUCAUCUGGACGCUGUUGGAUGAUGAGGAUUGGGAGGUGUGUCUCCACUGCCUGCGCCUACUCCAGUCCGUGCUGCUGGAAGAGGAUGUUGUGCUGCUUCUCGGCUCCUCAUUGCUGGAUCCGGAGCUCCAGGCUCGGGUUGGCCGGCUCACCUCCAGCCUUCAGCCCAGCCUGAAGGCCACAGCUCAGCAAACCCUGGAGGACCUACAGGCCCUCCGAAGUACACAACCCUGCCGUAAAGAUGGAAACCUGUGAAACAUUUGGCUCUUCUCUGUGUGUUUACAAAGCUGUGUGUGUUUUCCAGGUCCGGUUAGAUAAACCCAGAAGUGUGAACUCUGGAUUCUGCAUCUUCAGUUUGCUUGUCGUCACCCAUUGCUGUCUUCAGUUAGAUUUGAGCUGACCUGAAGGGGUCUGAAUUGAUUGAUUUAUUGAUUUAUGCUUCUAAUGCUACACUGUUAAACUGUUUUUCAUUAAUAUUCAUGGUAUGUUUAAUUGACUUAUUAACCAUAAAAAUGAUAGUUACUCUCCUCAGAGAAUUGUGUUUCUGUUGGUGUUCUGCUGUUCAACCACCUGCAAGGAGGUACACAUCCCAGUACUCAUCCAUCCAUUGUACACCUACUUAUCCUUGCACCCAGCAUGUACAACCAUAAUACAACAUAGAAAAAUGUAGGUUAUAAUAUUAAUUUUAACUGGUGUUUAGGCAUCAGAAAUGAUGAGAACAUUUUUUUUAUUCUGGAUUUACUUCAAACAGUUCUUUGGAUUUUUGAAUAUUUAAGAUGUUCAAACUGGCCACCGAUGAUAUUAACAACAGGGAACUGUACACACAUGUUUAAAAAUACUUCUUCCAUGCAGAGUGAGUUUUAAAUUUAUCAGUCUUAAAUUUAGGAUUGCCACCUUUUUCUGACACCUGCUGUCAUUUAUGAACUGCAAGCUGACAGUUAAAGUAUCUUUUGUCAUCUUUAGCAGAACACUUAAAACCAGAACUUAAAUGCAUUUUCACCAACUCCAUAUGUCAGCUUUACAGCUGUCCAGCUAACUAACUAAUAAUGUAAACGAUUAGAAAACAAUCAAUAUUUACCCCACAUGGUGGUAGGAGCAUCCACAACAUCAUGUUAAGGUGAAACCCAACUACUGUAGGUCUGAGAUAUGUUUCACUAAACAUCGUAUCCAAGCAGUCUGUUGAGGUGGUGAUUAUGUACUACACCGAUACUGUAAUUACAGAAACUGUUGCAACCUUAUAAAGACUGGACCAAAAUUCCUCUGCAACGAUUUAAAGGACUUGUCAAGUCUAAUAGAAUGUGUUUCCUAAUAAAGGAGGUGGUUCUAGAAGCUGAGUGUCCUACAUUAUGUCUUGUCAUAAAUCUGAUGGUGAAUUUACCAAAACAGGAAAGGACCAGAUGUUAGAAGGAUGUUGGAAUUGUACUUACCUGCUUUACCAUGAAGAACUUUCAAUUACAGACCACUUAAUAUUUCUGUUGUUCAUGCAUCCCAAGUUCAGCUGAAUCUUUGGGAAUAAAUCAAUAGACUGGUUGCAAUUUGUUAAUUAUACAGCUUUAUUAUAUGUUAUUAGCAGAUAUUCACUGAACAAGGUCUACACUUGUAGACCUUGUUCUACAAGUGUAGAACAAGGCAGGACAAAAGAAAGGGUUUCGAGCACCUUACUUAGCAACUCUUAAGGGCUGAUCUAUGUUAUACUUAAAAACAAUGAUACUAUAGUUCUGGAUGAGGAUGCUAUAGAGGAACUAGAGAAAAUGAAGGAAGAAGAACAAGAGUAUCCUCUUAAGGGAAGGGUAGAAGAAGAAAUUUCUGGUUGUCCAUCUCAGACUAGCAGAUUC